AUGGAACAUCUCUUGGCGGCUCGGCGGCUCGGCGCGGCGGAUGCCGUGGCGCCGGCGCUGUGCCAGCUGCGCCGCGUCACUGCGUUAAGCGUAACGAAGGCGCAAUCUGUCAUAUUGCAGUUGUUGGAGGAAUACCUGACGGAGGCGGGUCUGCACGCGCUGGAGGCGGGGGAGGAUGGCGAGGAGGGCGGCGCGUCACCCAUCGGCGUCGCGCCUAAUUACGCCGAGCUGGCGCUACUGCUGCAGCACUCGGCCUGUCUCUACGGUCGCAAGGUGGACUUCCUCUACCAGCACGUGCUCAACGUCAGCGACUCUUUGCAGAAUGGCACUCAGGAGGAGGCGGGUCGCGAGCCAGGCGCUGCGGAGUCGCCGGAGGCGGGCGGCGGGUCGGCGGCGGCGCGGCGGCGGCGGCGGGCCUCGGGGCCGGCGGGGCUGGCGGGCCGGUUCGGGCGCGUGGCGCUGGAGCCGAGCGCGGCGGCCCGGCGCGAGCCCGCGGCGCCGCGCCCGCCGCCCACGCUGCCGCGCAUGUACAUCGAGCUGGAGCCGCGCGUGCUGGCCGACGGCGACGCGCCCUUGCACGACUACGCCGGCGAGCCCAUCGGACUGCCCUCCGACUUCCACGUCAUUUGGAGACUGCAGGAUGGUUACCUCGUUGACGAGCUGGAAGGGCCUCGGUCAUCGAGCGAGUCUAUUUUGAACCCGAUAUCGUUGGUGGAGCUGCAGGCCGCUAUAGAGGCGGCGGCGCCCCCGUCCCCGCCGCCGCUGCCGUCGCCGCUGCGGGAGCGCUCGCCGUCGCCGGACGCGCAUGCGCCGCCGCUGCACGCCAGCACGCCGCUGCCGGACCGCACGCCCUCGCCGCUCAAGAGACAAAGGAAGAGAAGAAGCGACGUCAAAAUCGACGAAAUUGUAGGCGGCGAGGAUCAAAAUUUUAAUCACUGCGAUGCGUGCAAGAGUUCAGCAUCGAGUAAAUGGAUCUCGGACGUGGUGGAGCGGCGCAAGAGCCGCAUCCUUGCCGAGCGCAGGCGCCUGCGAGCACACCACCCGCAGCCCCUAACACUGGUGAGUCAUCCAACGCUUACAGCCGGUAACGAACCCGCGAGUUCCAUCUGCGAAUCACAAUUCCUCGACCGAUACACAACCUUCCGCGGAUUCGAUGAUUCGGACGCGGACAUCGGAGGGUUCCUCGGUUGGAGCAGCUCGGAGGCGGCGCUGGCGGCGGCGGAGGGCGCGACGGCGGCGGUGGCGGCGCGCGAGCCCGACAGCGACGACGACGGGUUCUUCGAGCAGAGCUCCCUCGGAGACUCCGACCACUCGCGCGUCGAGGACCUGUCCGUCAACACCUCCGCCAACAGCGAGUGGGCGGCGGCGGGUGGUGCGGGCGGCGCGGGGGGCGCGGGCGGCGCGCGCGCGCUGCACGUGCGGGCGCUGGCGCGCGACGUGCUGGCGGCGUGUCCCGCGAGCGGCGCCGCGCCCUUCACCGCCGUGCUGGACGCCACCGUCAAGCACCAGACAGACGUGUCGCGCAUCCUGCUCGCGACGCUGUUCCUGGCCAACGCGGGCAACGUGGAGAUCCUGCCGGGCGCGCCGCUCUCCACCGGCACCUUCUCCGUGCGCCUGCUCUCCACGGACGAGCGGCUGUACUGCGCCACGGCACGGGAACACUUCCAACGGUAGACGCGUCGCUCCUGCACUCCUACUGACUAUGUGAUACUCGUUCUCAUAUUAAACGUGAUAGAUAACACGAGAGUUAUGAGUGUAUUCACAAGCCCGGGUGACAAUAAAGUUGGUGUUCACAAAAGCAGCUUUGCUGGAAAACUUGUUAACUGCAAAUACCAAACAUGGACACACAAGGACUAAACUCUUGGGUUUGCUGAGCAUUAUCUAACAUAAAUUCAUAUCAUAUGUGAUGUGACUUGAAUUGACUAAUUCUGGUGGAAAUAAUACUAGCAAUGAGAAUUGUACGACGCUAGUCUGAUUAUGUAUGUUCAUGUGGCCAAUGUUUUUUACUUUUUCUUUCUGCAUGAUCAUUGUUGUUGUAUGUAGAAAAAGUUUAGCCAAACUGAGUGCAAUCAACGCGUGACUGUUUGUAUGUGCGUGAGGGUGUGGUUGUAUACUUGAGACGGUGCUAUAGCCUGUUAGACGGUUAAGUUAGGACACUUACAAGUAUCAAAAGAGGCUGUCCAGGGACAAAGUGUGUGUAUUGAAAAUAUUUUAUAUAACGUAAUUUUAUCACAGCCAGCCUCACUGAAUUGGAUGAAGGCUCAGCCAUUGCAUUUAAUGGCAUAAGACAGCAUUAGGACUGUGAUCUCUCCACUGUAUGAUGUAAAUAUUUCCAGUGCAUCAUGUAACCGCGUAGGUAAAUCGCGCCUUCACAAUAGGUAAAGUGCGUGAGCGGGACGGUGAGACAUUUACCAGUAUUAUUAAUGUAAUACAUAUCAGACAUGCUCGAACUUAUCGCGACUAUAUUUCUUUACUAAAAUCCAUUUUUAAUGAAGCUAUUUUUUUUAAAUCGGGUUGGAUCAUUUUUUUAAAUAACUUUUACUAAAUCAAUUUAAAUUACCAAAAUAUAAAAUAAUAUUUGUAAAUAAUUUGUAAAUAUAGAAGUAAGAUGUAGACAUGUUUUAUGUCGUCAUAAGUAAUGUUAGUUGGAUUUGUGAUGUAACGAUAGUCCUGUACAUAGUGUAUAAGGCCAAUUCCCAAAAGACGGGUGUCCGCGGCGGUGGACGGCGGCGGCCGGCACGCUAGUAUAUCUAUAGUCACAUUCCAUGCUAUUGGCCGUAUUCUCCGUGGUGCACUCUAGUGAAUUUUGUACGUACGAACCAAUCUUGUCAGACGUCGAUAUCUUUGCAGCCUAAAGGCAGUCACGAGGCAGUGUCGCGAGUGUUUGUGUCGGUGAAAUGUUAAUGUUCAUGUUAUACAUGUCGGCCUCGGCUGUACUCGUGUUAUUAUGUUUUAUGUAAGUUUAAACUAAUAAAAUUACCACUAACUUUGGAUACAAAGUGUACCGUCCUCUUUACCAAAGUACGAACUAGCUGCGAACUGCAGGUCAUUUGGUGUUAAUCAAAAUUUAUACUAUACUACGAUGUACAAAUUUUUAUAUCACUAUCUAAGAAAUAUAUGUAUAUAUAAUGUAAUUUACCAGUAACACACAUUAUAUUUAAUUAACGGUGUUAAUUUAACAUACCUUUUAACUUGAACUAUUAAAUUUAUUAGUAGCACACAGGCUCCUCUAUGUCCGAAAAAGCCUGGAAGCUGUUUCCUUGAUAAAUACUUUAAGUAUAAUAUAGAUAAUAUAUUUCACGCGAAGUUACACAUACUAGGUGUUUUAAAUAAAAAUGUAUGUCCUUGUCUGUCAAAUGGUAUGACACAAAGUAUUAUGUAGUGUGGGGCGCAGGCGUCGCUUCACUCGUGUGUCAUUCAUAUUCUCCAUUCGAAUAUACAUCACCCGGCCGAGGUCGUAUCAACAAUUUGGUGCCGCCUUCGAUUUUUUCAUGUCCGAUCAGUAAGGCAGGAGUUAUAUAUUUUGUAAGUUUUAUUUCUAUAAACUUAGUAAACACAUUUUUAUUAAAUUAAAUACAAUAGCAUACAUUAGUUGUGUGUUGCGAUAACUAUGUACAUACAAUCUACUACAACUAAGUUCUUUGCUGUUUAUGUUAGUCUUUGGUUCGUAAGUAAAUGUUAUAAUGUUGCAACCGUAAAACAACACUACACAUCCCACUAUUGUAUUAAGUAAUAAUGUUUGAAUGAUAAAUUU